AUAUACUCUAUGGGAACAUAAAGUCAAAAAUAAUAAUAACCAAAACCUCAAGACAAAUAUUCUCAAAAUGGAUAAGAAUAAUUAUAACCAAAUUAAGACAGAAACGAGCAUAAAAACAAUAAUCGUAUGAUAAAAAUAAUUAUUCUAUUAGUCAUCUAGCAUGUUGAUGAAAAGGAUGCUUCUAAAUAGUAAUAAUAAUUAUAAGAAUAAUCAGAAAUCUCAAGGGAAGUUGAUGAAUUAUAGAAAGAUGUGAUAGAAAAAUUAAAUGAAGUAAUGUAUAUUUUGAAAUUAGUUGGAUUUAGCUAUGGAAGAAUUCAUAAAUAAAAUAAAUAAAAAUCCCUAAUAAGAUUAAGAGUGA